AUGUCCCUCCUCUCCGGCACCGUGCAGCCGCCGCUGCUCACGCUGCUCAACACGGCCGGCGGGCUCUCGCCCUUGUGGCACGCGCACGUCGGAGCUGACCCCCGCUCGCUGGUCGAGGUGCUCGAGGACAGCGAGUACCCCCGCGCCGAGGGCAGCUCGUCCGCAGCCACGCACGUCCCGAAACACGCUCAGCGGGGAAGCGUCGCCGGACGCGUCGUGCACCUCCAGAGCGCCGAUAUCGGGGACACGUACCUCCAGGCCGGGGCCAGCGUGAGCCGUAAAGCCAAGGGCAAGGCGCCGGCUUCGGCGCCGCUCGGGGUCGAGCUCCCCUGGCUUGGGUUGCAGAUCAAGCCUCUUGGCCGGCGCGGGCUGAGCGUCGAGGUCGGCGUGCUUGACUCGCGCGGACGGGAGGGCGCGAUCCGUCUCUCGUCUUGGCUGGAGCACCCGAGACUGCGGACGAGCUCGACCCCGCCGCUGCUCCAUCUCCCGCUCGCGCUGCCUACCGACGCCGCACGGCUGACGGACUGGGUGGAGGUGUGCGUCAACCUAGCGCCGUUGAUACCCCUGUUCAGGUCAAUACCGAGCGACGACGAUGACGCCGACGACGGCCGGGAGAGGAAGAAACCCCGCCUGUCGACCACGGCGCACGCCGCCCUCCCGCAGGGCGCGCUCGCGUCCAUCUCGUAUGUCCGCGUGUAUGCCAACUGCCGAUUACGGAGGGUAUGGUGUGCGCGGGAUGGACAGCGCACGGUCGACGCCGUGGCGGGGGACGAGUGGGCGUUGGUCGCGGCUGCGGGGGCGGCGGCGUAG